AUGGAUGCCGACGCACCUGUCAGCCGACUGGAACAUAAACGCUUGGCCGGCGACUCUCACUUGGGGGCCAGCAGCGAACUGAUCGCCCUUCGUUACGGGCAAGGCUCUUACGCUUACUAUGGCCACGCGGUCACCCCGGCCCGUGUCAUUCCAGACCUGCAGUACUCGGCAUGGGUGAAGUCGAACAUGGCCGGCCUGCAGAUCGCGGCGCGGAUUGUCUUUCCCCGCAGCCGAGAUCCUCGCACCGGGCAACCGGUUACGUCGCGCGUGCUCGGCGACCGAUCCGACCAGCCCGACACGUGGGUACAAAUCGGCAUUCGUGGGAUCGAUCAGAAAGUCCAGCAGCAAGUCUCGGCAUUGCGUAGCGAGCAUGGUCCGCAGUUCGACCCGCGCGAAGCGUACGUCGACAUGAUCAUGUUGAACCUCUACUCCGCGCCAGGGCUCGUCCGUGUGCAGAUCGACGACUUGGAAGGAAGCGGUUUACUGAAUGUUGCUUCCGCAGCACCAACAACCACGCAGCGAGCCAGCACACCAGGAGCCAACACGCAAGGAAGACUGCGCGGCAUGCGGGGUGCUCCGGUAACUUCCGGUACAACGGGAGCGAACGUGCAAUUGGCUCCUCCUCGUUCGCAGUCCGCCUCCAAUGGGCAAGUGAUUGAACUAAACGAUCACCCUGCGGUACCUCGUAUCAUCGAUUACAACGGCGAACCUCUUUCCCUUUUGCGUGGACUUGGUUUCACCGCCAUUCGCACCAGUCAGGCCCCUUCACCGCAGCUGCAGCAAGAACUGUUGCGUUACAACAUGUGGAGCGUCAGUUCGCCGCCACAGUCGCGCAGUCCGGCCGAUCAAUCGGCGGUCUUGGCGUGGGAAUUGCCGGUCACUGAAGGAGAAGAUGGUUUCUCCGACUUCGCCAUCCGCGCCUCUGACUUGCGACUGCUCGAUGGAGAAAAGCCGCGACCGGUUUUGGCCAUCGCACCGAAUCGCGUCCAUGAUUUCAGUCAGCACAGCGAGAUCAUCGCGACACGCCGUCCACCUCUCGGCACGUCGCAGUCCCUUUCCGACUACGCUCAGUGGACGCAGUCUUGGGGGCUGUUCGCUUCGCCCAGCGUGACGCGUUGGGCCAUGAUCCCCACGCAGUUCAGCCCAGCCACGCAGAGUCAGGUUUCCUACUUGGCCCAAGAGUCGAACGUGCCGAUGGGCUUCCAGGGAUACCAGCUAGAGAAAGCCGCUUUCCUGUCGGUUGCCAAUGGUGUGCGCGGGAUUGUGUUUGAAAGCCACUCGCCGCUCAACGGAGAGCAUCCCGUCGAUCAAGCACGACGCAAUUCGCUCGAUAUCAUCAAUCGCCGCAUGGAACUGAUCUACCCGUGGGUCGCCCAAGGCAGCCCGCGCGAAGGCGCCGUUUCGAGCGAUCCUCGCAUUCACGUUUCGAUGCUGGCCACCGAAACCGCCAUCUUGCUGAUUGCU